AUGGAAGUAAGAUCAUUUAAGCACUUCAUGAUCUUCAAAGUUUUAUCUCAACAUCGUGGCAAACAUAUUCAAAAACUUACUUUGGAUUUACCAAUGAAUAUGAUGAAGAUAGUAUGUGAGUUUGUGGAUGAUUCGGGAGCCUUAAUAUUGCCAUCGUUGAAAAUAUUAGAUAUCCGCUGCAAUAUAGUGUCUCUCUCAAACGGCCAGUUCUUCGUCUUCUUCAUUCUUCUUCAUCUAACAUUCCGGCAGCCGGCAGCCAUUUCCGAUAGUCGGAGUAUAAAGACGUAUAAACAGUAUUUAAUUAUAUCACUAAUAAUAGUUGAUUUCAAAAGUAAGAGUCCUACUAUUUAUGCUCCAAAGCUUGAGCAUUCUAAAUUGUGUGCUACUUUCGAAAUAGAAUUAACUUUUCCAAAAGUUGAAUUACUUACCCCAAAUCUCAAAAGUGUUAAUUUCACUUUUCGUGAUGAUUUUUAA